CAGGCGUCUCGUAGUCUCGCGAGAUCUCCGCAGAGCGGCUGCUUGCGGGACCCGAGCGUGUCAGGUGCGACAGGAGGCUGGCGCCAGUAUCAACCAGAUUAUUCAGCUCUAAAGAUCCACCUGGACUUAGGAUUGUAGUCGGUCGCACUCAGUCAUCAUCAUGGGAAAUAUUUUUGGGAAUUUGCUGAAGAGCCUUAUAGGGAAGAAGGAGAUGAGGAUCCUGAUGGUUGGACUGGAUGCUGCUGGCAAGACCACCAUCCUGUACAAACUCAAGCUGGGAGAAAUCGUCACCACUAUACCCACCAUUGGGUUCAAUGUGGAAACUGUGGAGUACAAGAACAUCAGCUUCACUGUGUGGGACGUAGGUGGGCAGGACAAGAUCCGUCCUCUGUGGAGACACUACUUCCAGAACACGCAGGGUUUAAUCUUCGUGGUGGACAGCAACGACAGGGAGCGGGUCAACGAAGCCCGAGAGGAGCUGAUGAGAAUGUUGGCCGAGGAUGAGCUGAGAGAUGCAGUUCUGCUGGUGUUCGCUAACAAACAGGACUUGCCCAACGCCAUGAACGCGGCGGAGAUCACGGACAAGUUGGGCCUGCACUCGCUCCGCCACCGUAACUGGUACAUCCAGGCCACCUGCGCCACCAGCGGCGACGGCCUGUACGAGGGCCUCGACUGGUUGGCCAAUCAGCUGAAGAACAAGAAAUAAGGAGCAGGCCGCAGCUUCACCUGUCCAGCUUUUGAUUUCUUUUGGGAGCCGAUGUUAGACGCGACGGGGGGGGGUAGAAGAGAAGGGUCGGGGAUUGGGUUUCUCUCUGUCUGUAAAUGAAAACAAAGUCAUGUCUUCACCCCGACACACACACACACACGCCCACGCACACACACACACACACACGCACACACACACACACACACACACACACACACACACACACACACACACACACACACACACACACUCACUCACUCACUCACUCAUAGCCGAUAACAGCCGUCACUUCCUGUGUCCACCUCUUGUCUUUCAGUGCCGUGUUCUGUAUGUUAGUGUGUAGGUGACCAGGUCACGUGACCACCAACACGUUCUCUCUGGCGAACAGCUGUCCCGCCCGUGUUUCUUCCUUAUGGUUUGACAAGGAUCACUUGAUUUCCUUCCUCCAGAUCAUCUCUCCGAUGCCGAGCGUGCGCACGUGUGCGACGUCACCGCGUCCACGUGUGAAACGUUGAAUCCUCCUCAAGGCCUUUUUCCGAAAUGCAUGGACCCGUGAUAGACUUGAUUCUCCGAGCUGUUUGUGACCCGAGCAUGCGCUGAACACCACCUCAUGCAUGGUGACAACACACACACGCACACACACACACACACACAGACCCGUCACGUGCUCUCCUUUGUUCCUCAUGGUCAGAACUUUCUGAAUGUUAGCGAUAGACUGAACACACGAGUCCUAGUUUGCAGUGAUAUAUCAGCGUAUGUAUGUGAGGAGAGCAGGAUGUGUUCUGGCGGAGGAACAUCUGAUACCAGCAGGAGCGACCGGUCCCUUCUGUUAGCACGGUUCAUCCAGGACAUAUCCUCCAGAGUCAUCUAUUAUAUGUGCGAUCAUUUGGGUUUUGUGGCCUUAAUUAUCUUGAGUGAACCAACGUUUCCUGCUUUGGAUCUCAGCAUAUUUAUUGAUUUAUUUAUCUACCAGGGUUCCGUUCCACGGUUGGAUUCAUAGUUUAGUUCUUCAGUGGGUGUGAAAGUACGUCGAUGUGUCAGUGGUCAGUGAUAAUCCGUGCAAAAGAGAAUUUAAAAGAAAACAAGCCUCAUCUCGUACCGUUAUAACGACGCCAUCUUUAACAAGUACCAAGCGGCGGCCGUGCGUCCGACGCAUGGAGUUCUCUGUAUGUGAUGUGAGACAACCAAACCUGCUGUAUUACAAAUAAACCCAUUUUCUGUAUAAA